UUGCAAUAAAAAAAAAAUCACACAGCUCAUUCCCACCAUAGUAGAAUAACAUCACAGCUCAUUCCCACCAUAGUAGAAUAACAUCACUUUUUGAGAGCUAACAUUUCUCUCAUCAUACAUCUAAAUCUCAAAAAACCUAAUUACGAUUAAACACUGCAGAUUGAUUCACGCCUUAUACAUUAUGAAUCAUUGAUGGGAAUUUCCUAAUUUAGAAACUUAUAGUAUCAGUAUUAAAUGAUAGUAUUUCCAACAUCUACAUAUAUGUUUCUUUAGGUGAUUUAGGGUUUCAUCAACCUCCCCGCCAACUACAAUACAACAUUGAUCCGUCCCCGUUAAACUAACUCAUUUUUUAUAGCUAUGCAGGAAGAUACGGAAACCAUGAAGACGGUGUCGUUGAAACUUGUUGUGAACAAAGAGACGGACAAAGUCUUAUUUGCAGAAGCCGGUAAGGAUUUUGUGGACAUUCUAUGCAGCUUCUUAACAAUCCCAUUAGGAACCAUUGCAAGAAUUAUCCAAAACCACACAACCAUGGAACCUCUUACACUUGGUUCUCUCAACUCUCUUUAUAAGAGUGUAGAAAACCUUGAUUUAUCUUAUCUUACGACAAACACAUGCAAGGAAAUGCUGUUGCAUCCGAGGAACUCAUCUGAAGAUUACUGCGACACUCUUAAAUUUAACAUUGAUGAUGCUGUCGAUCCCACUAGGCCCUUCUUCGUGUGUUCCGAUUCGGCUAGUUGUAAAUUCAAAUUGUUGAGCAGUUUUAGUAAUCAAAGAUGUGAAUGUGGGAGUCCUUUGGAUCAUCAAAUUUUAAUGGAAAAAGAGAAAGUGUGCAAUGGAUUUGUCAAGGAUUGUCCAACUUUUUUAGUUACGGAUGAUCUUAGGGUUUUGCCUAACUCAAUGGAUACAAGCUUUGAUCUUCUCAAGAAUUUUGGAAUUAAAAACUCUGAUUCAGUGAAGACAAUGACUGCAAUCAUCACUCAGAAAUCACAGAUUUUGGAUCUGUUGAAGUAUUCCUUGCUAUCCAAGUCAUCUUUGACUAAUUUGUUCUUAAGAAACAAACCAUUUCUUGAGGGGACCAGUUUUACCACUUGUGAGUGUGACAUUCCAAAUAACAGUAGUAUUCAAAUCAAGCUGAAAUUGUUUUUCCGAAAAACCGAUGGUGACAUAUUGUUUGCUCAAGGUGAAGAAGAUUUUGCUGACUUCCUUGUUAGUUUUCUAACUUUUCCAUUGGGAGGAGUUGUACGCAUGUUAGGAGGAGAUUCUUCGCUGGGCUGCAUAGAUUCCUUGUACCGAAGCAUAACUGAAUUGGAUGAAAAUAAAUACAUGAUGAUAGAUGAUGUAAAGAGCAAGCUUGUUGCUCCUUGCAUUGCCCCACAGUUCAAAUCAAGCAAACAGAUAUUACAAAUUUAUGAACCACCCUCUUCUUUGUAUUAUUCUGAUUAUCAAUUUAUAGAUGGAAUUCGUCGUGUUACCAAUUUAACUUCCAAUCUUAGCGUAUACAAUUUCCUUACUGCUACAAAGAUGGAAUUAGUUGAUCCCAAAUCAUCUAAUAAGGAAGCUCAAGAAGGUUAUGUCAAGGGACCAUCAUUGUUUAUGGCUACAAAUGAUUUGAGUUUAGAACCAAUGUCUCCGACUUCAACUAUUUCUCUACUCAAUCAGUUAGAAACCCCUCCUAGUAAUAUCAUUGAAAAGGUUGUCUUCAUUGGUGUCAAGGAGGGUCUUAGCAUAUUGAAAGCAGCUUUGACAUCAACUUCAGCUCUAACAAAUGGUCUCGGUCACCUUUUAACCCAAGCUCACGACAAGGAGGAGGACGAGGAAGAUGAGUCAUAUUGGAAGAGGAAUUGGUCUAGGAUUAGGACAUAUUCAAUUGCACUUAAUUGUAUAUUUAUCAUAUUGCACCUGUUUGUAAUUUUUUUCGCAUAUAUAUGACAGUCAAAUAAUUGACAAAUAAGAUCAAAGUAAUGAUCUAAGUGACAUUGUUCCUAUUGUAAUGGGAUUUUUCUUAUUUUCAUCUUCAUUUCCAUAGCUUG